AUGGACGACUCUGCUGGCGCGCCUGGCGUGGACAUUGAGCAAGAUUGGGAUUCUUCAUCGGAUGCUUCGACCCCGCGGUCUGCUACUUCUACGAGCACUUUCUUUUCAGACCCGGACUCGCCUGCAUCGUCUAUCGACACCGAGAUGUCUUUUUUUGUCUCUGGGACAGAUGGCGGAAAGCAUUUCUGCAACUCAACAAAUUCCAUCGGCAUCACACCCAACCAUCCUAAUCACACUGUCGUCGGCCAGAAGAUUUACACCGUUGGACAGCUACAAGCCAUGCGCGAUGAACUUACACGAGCUCGCCAUAGACAAGAGUUCCCAACCACGUCAUCAAAUACAGAAGACCCGCAGACCAUCGUCGAGGAUUAUCAGUUCCUUAAGCGACUCCGAGAUAUCCGCGGCGAUCUUCUCAAGCCACCGCCUGCAACAUACAAUCAACUUAAGAUCGAAAUUACGCGCCGCAUCAAGACCCGCGAUGAAGCCGAAGGAGGCUCAACCAAGCUGGAAGAGAUGGACAACCGAGUUCAAAGUUGGAUGGGCUCAAUCAACAAGGAAGCUCGAAUGCUGGAGAUUACGCAGGCCGCACUGCAGCGCAAAGGCAUCAGCAACCCCACACAAGCCGACCUCGACGCCAUCGCGGAGGAGUUCAUGCAGAUCGCCGAGCGGACGCUGCUUGACGUCGCGAAUCCCCUGCGCAUGAACGCCACUCGCAUGGAAGGCAACAUCAAUCGCUUCGACAACCAGCUCAAUGGCCUCUCUGAUCUCAACAGCGCCGUCAACACUUCAAUGAGUGCUCAAGUCAACACACUCAACACCGUCUUGACAAAUCUUCAAACCAACAUGAGCAAUGCUGUCGGAUCCUCCACACAAGCCAUGAGCACAGCAAUGGGAGCACAGCUUUCUACUCUCAACACCAUGCUGUCGACUCAGAGCAGCACGCUUGACGGCUCGCUGAACAUGCUCAACACAUCUCUAAACACCGUCACAUCCGACUUACAAAGGUUGACGGCAAGCUUGCCCAACAUCAUCGCCGCAGCAGCGCAGGCGGCAGUCCAACAGCAACUCGCGAAUACAUCGCACCAGCAUGCUUUUCCGCAACAACAUCACGUCGCCACAGAAGCACCGCCCAGCUACAUCAGGAGUGCUGCCUCGAUACAUUUCCCACCGACACCCACCACUCCUCUUCCAGUAUAUUAUCACACCACCCAGGAAACAAAUCAAGACAUGAGCCAACAGGACGGCAAGAGGUUACAAACGGGGCGCGCGCCAGCAUCCACAUCAAGGUUAAGGAGGUUUUUCGUAAGGAUCACCAGGAUAUGGGGUUUCAAGACAAGGAAAUGUCAAAAGGAAGGGAUACUGGCAUAA